CAAGUAAAAUAUCUCCAUCUCCGCAACAAUAAUAUAGGAGUUGAGCAAACCCUAAGCUAUAGAGUGGAUAAACCCUGGAAUCUCUGCUUCAAUAGAAGGCAUACCAGAGAAAACCUUAGAAUCUCGGCACCCAUGCAAAUUGUAAAGAGUAUCUCGCCCUUAAACAUGCGUAACCCCAUUUCCGCGUCCAUCCAAAACCCUAUAGAAUCUAGUUUCUGCACCAGAUAGAGAAGAGAAAACCCCAUAAUUUUUCCAUCAGUGGAGGAUAUGAAGACCCAUGUUCCAAGUCUUCUGCUUGAAGACCUUAAAAAACCCUAAAUUAUCUGCACUAGCAAUGGGAGUAGAGAAGAAGCUGCAUCUAUGGAAGGUGUGAAGACCCUAUCACUCUCAGAGCUCAUUCAUCGUUCUCUCCCAGUUACUGGUACUCUGUCCCUUCAAGCUCGAAGCUCAAAUGUCUCCAAAACUGUAACCCCGAUUACUUGCAUCUCCUCUCAUAAAAAAAGGAAAAGCUCAUAUACCAGUGCUAAUGAAGCGUCUGAUGGUCUAACGCAUUUGGGCUCUGAGAAAAACCCUAGAAUUUUAGAAUUUCUCCAUUACCCUGCGAUCAUAACUGGGACUGUUAAUUUAUGGACCAAUGGCUCAAGUUACAACCUUUGCUCUAUGAAGGACUGCUUUUCAUUUACUGAUAGUGAAAGCCGCACAAUUUGCUGUGCCAUUCUUAACUUAAACCUUGAUAUUAUUGGAAAGAUAAUUAAUGUUACUUCAUGGAAUUUUAUACCAUCAAAAUGCACAGGGGGAUUUCUCGAGAUAAUUGAGUGGAAGCCAAUAGAGCCAUCUCUUUACAACAACAGUGAUUGUGAUGACGAUUUGUUAUCUUUUCGGUUGGCAAGUGCUUAUAACGGGGAUAGAUUGAUAGGGAGCUCUGGAAAUGGUAAGAGCAGGAUAUCUGGACAACUGGUUUCCAUCAGUCCUGUUUUUGUUGUUCCAUGUGAAGCUGAAGAUGGAGCUUCUAAAGCCCAAGAAAUCCAAUAUUGCAGUAAAAUUCAGCAAAAUUUUGAGAAAUUGCUUAGCACUGCUUCUAUAAAAGCACCAAAAAGAUUGAAGCUAAAUUCCUCAAAGAGCUUAAAUGGAUUAGAAGAUGUUAAAGCAGUACGAGGUGCUGAAACUACAAGUGGGUUUCUAGUUGAGCUUUUGGUUUGCAAUUGCAUUUCUUGUCGUAAAGAAAAAUCAUUGGGUACACAUAUUUAUGAUCCUUCUAAUGACCCGUCUCAUGUAUUUUCUUUAAAGUCUCUGUUCGUCUACUUUUGUGGGGCAGCUGUUGUUUGGCGGCCUGUGUUUCUGAGUCUUAAUGGGAAGCUCAUUUCAUUUGUGGGAUUGAAGAAGAAGAUGGUAGUUGUUGGCAAAGGGGAGGCAUAUCCAAUGUAUGUGACAACCCAAGAAACUGUGAUACAUUUGUCUCCUUCUCUAUCUGGUAGGAGAGCUUUCCCAUUCAAAGGUUGUGAAAUUUCAUUUAUGUUGAGAAGAGAAACCAUUAGUUUUGGAAAGGGUAUAAUCAGUAAUUACACAGGAAGGGUGACAGGAACAUACAUGCAAGGCAUGGUUGUAGAAUUAGACAGUACAGUUUGGCUCGUGUUAACAGAUCAGUUGAUUCCUCCAGUGCAUGCCCUGAGGGUUGGUGCACUUAUUUCUUUAUGGAAUGUUCAUUUCAUACGUCCCAAUUUCUCUUGGUUAAAUAUUCUUGUCCUUGGUGCUUGUGUCAAGACCAACAUGGCUGUGCAGUCAUUUUCACCAUAUGGGUCUUCGUGUCCCCUGAGGUCUCAAGCACAAAGCCUACUGGGAAAAUUUAUUGAAUCUCAGGCAUUUUCUGCAAGAUUCUGGGUGCUGCUUAUCAUUUCAUGUUUUAGAAAGAAAUUUGAUGGGUUCUUAUCUGGGAAGGAUAUCUUAGGCACAAGAACUCAUGAAGGAUUGGUUCAGAGGUAUGCUACUUCACACUUGUCUACUUCUGCACUCCGACAUAAGCUUGGCAUUUUUAAGGAGUUCUGUGAAAAUGACUGUUGUUACAGCACUACUGAGUGUGGAAUUACUUCCAUGGAAUUGGUGCCGCCCUUUAGUAAUUUUAUCAGUCAUUCUGAGGCUUUGUGGAUGACAUUUUCAUCUCAGAAGCAGAAAGGUAUUGGGAACAAUGAAAUCGAUGACAGUGUGCUCCCCUCUUCAAAUCAUGGAAGGUUUACUCGACGAAUAAUAUCAAGUAGAGAUCUUGGUAUUGUUCUGAUGGGUUUUCUACAGGUUUCUCCAUCUUCAGGGCGAUUGCAGCUGAUUGAUGCAACUGGUGCAAUUGAUGCUGUCAUACCAGACUUGGUGCCAAACAUGGAUAGGCCGAUCAUCUAUGAGGUUAGAGAUUACAAGCUGGUUAUGGAAGGCUCGACCAUCAAAAUGGACUCCAUAGAAGUGUAUAAAGAUGAAUCAUUCUCAUGCAAGAGUAUCUUUGGGCGAGUUGUGCAAAAGAGAAAGCUGGAUUAUCUGACAGUUUAUGUUCAUUUUUAUUUGAAGAGGACGACCAACAUUAUUGCUCCUACUCAUAUGUCUAAAUGUUUAACUAAGAUUGAUGAUGUCAAGGACCGGAAAGAUAGAAUGUUUCACCUUCUGCUAGUGACCCAUAAAUUUCCAGUAACUCAAACGUUGCAAGAUGAACCAAACACUUCAAAGAAGUCGAGAUUUUGUGCUGAGGCUGUAGUGUUGCCUUAUGAUUUGUUUCUUCCUGGGGGCUUCAGAGAAUCUCAAAUUUCCGAAAGUACUUUUGCUUUUAGAAACAGUCUGUUAGAAUCUUCAGAGGGAUUUAUUGGACCACCAUCUUUUCAUGAGUCAAAAUGUGCCCUCCCUUCUGAUAGGAAAGAAGAUAUUAUCGUUUGUGAACGGGCAUCUUCUGAUUCUGUUCAGGAUUGUCAACAAGAUGUACUGCAUGGGAACUGCCAUUUUCCAUCUUGUGACUUUGGCAGUGGAGAGAAUAUUUCAUACUUGGAUUCAUCUCUUGGAAUUGCGUGCUCCCUCCUCUUUAGACGCGUAUUUUACUUUGCUCCUGUUUCGGGUACAUUAUUUAGAAGAUCUGAUGUCAAGGACAAAGUUCUGGGGGAUUCUAAUGUCAGAAUGGUCCUCCUGGAGUUUGGUUCUGAUAGCUUAUUCGAGUAUGAGCUACUAGAUAUUGGCCAGUAUGUCAUUAUGGACUAUGUCGAAGCUCAGCUGGUAUGCAGUGGAAAGCAUAUCAUGGAGUAUCCUAGUUGCCCUAAAAUUCUUGUAACUUCCCAAACUCCACUUUGGAGCUUAUCAAUUUGUGGGUGUUGCUGUCCUUAUCCAAAGUCCGUCUUGUCUCUGUACAAGGAGAUUACUUUGGGCGAGUCUUUCAAGAACUCUCUGCCUUUCCAGCACUGCCAGGACCAUGCCACAUGUGGAUCUUCUUCAGAUGUGAUCCUGCAUAUGCCUCAUGAUGUGAAUCACCAAGUGAAGGAAGAAUUUAGAGCUGCUGAAGAUAUAUUUGUGCUUUCGACUAAAUCAGAAGAGUUUUUUAGCAAAUCAACAGACAUUCCUGCAAUUCCCUUUCAAAUUUCACUGGCUUCAGGAAGAACUUCUGAAUGCAGGUUGCCACAAGGGGAAUUGAUAUCAUUCUUUGGAGAAGUGACAGAUGUUCACCCUCUGGAUGGCAAGUAUGUUGAUAGUGGGAUCCAUUUUGGCAGCGAAUGUCUCAAGAAUGUCUCAAAGUUCAGAGGUUUUCACGAAAGGGGGACAUGUAUUCAUGUCUUUGUUGAUCCCUAUGUGGUGAGGUUGCAUGGUAAUUUCAGCAAACAUGCUUAUCCUCUCGGGUUGGGACCUGGAGCUGUUGCAUAUUUUCACCGUGUUCUGUUCAGCAACUCCUAUGGAAGACGAGAACUGUUGUUUGUGCCAGUCUCUUUCAUUUCAAUCAUUGCCGUUAAAGAGGUUGAUCACUGCUACAAUGGAAGUUGCUUGCUGGAAAUUAAUAAUCAACGUAAUAAUAUAGAGUUUCAGAGAGUGCCGUUGCCAAGUUCAAUUUCUCAAUCAUUUCAAAGCUUGGACACUACAAUUGUUGGACUUCAUGGAAAGGUUGUAGCUGUCCAUACCCUUUCACUUGUAGAACAUGUGCAGAAUCAUAAAAGGCAUCGGAGCAGGAAACAAGCCAGAAUUCCACUAGUCAAAAUACCACGUGCCUGUUUUAUUUUUGAGGAUGGGUCAGCCUGGUGUUCUUGCUGGGCAACUGAAGAAAGAGCAGCUGUUAUGCUAGGACUUAAAGAAACAUCGAGAAAGGCUUUUGAUGUUAGAGGCCUGAGAUCAGCGAGAAGCAAUAAACACCAACUUUCUGUGGGAUAUCUUCUCUCUAGAAUGCUUAAGAAGCAUAAGAGAAUUACAGUCAGAAAUCUAGGUAGUCCAUGUGAUAAAUACUUUUUGGAGUUUUCCUUUACCGUCGGUUCUGACAAAAUCCUGAGUAUCGAAGAUCAAAGUCUCCUCAAAUUCAUUAUGCUAAAUGCAUGCCGAGGCUCCAUGUUGAGGGUUGUGGGGAGUACAGUGGGAUCUGAUGGUUUAGGGAUGAUGGAAAAUGAGUUGAUGGAAAUGCAGGUUCCAUUACAGCAAGAGGCAAGUAUCUGGGCUAGAGAAGUUGAAUUUGUGAAUCACUUGGAAGAGGCAAGGAACACGUUCAAUGAAAUAACCAGUAAACAGAAUUUCAGGUUAUGACAUUUAUCAAAUGGAGAGCCUUCAUAUUCUCUUGAGUGACACUGAAUUCGCAAAAUCCUGCUACAAGAUGAAUUGCUUCUGAUUUAUGUGUCAAGAUUGCAAUUGCUUCCUUCCAAGGGCAACAUGGUGAAGUGGGUCAAAUGGAGGGGUUUCUAGGAGGGUUGUUGAGAGCCUUUUUAUGGGCCAUAAAGCUCUUUUUCUUGAGUGAUUACGGAGUUUCACUAGUUUUGUACAAAUUGUAUUUGUAUAUUUUUCAAAAUCUUUGACAAAAAAUAACCCUUUAAUGGUGCCUCCAAGUCUACUCUACAGUGAGGCUCAAAAUCCAGUGUGUUUGCAUGUGAUAUUUUGUUGUUGACAGGUAAAGAAUUGCAAUCAAAUUAGACAUCUGCCUAGGGAGAGGACAAAACCAUGACAUAGUUAGCAUGAUAAGUUGAUGUCUACUGCUGUAUCAGAGAAUAACACAGAAAUGAAAGAAUGUAUCAAAUUUUGGAUUUGGUGAUCAAAUAUGUUGGUUUUGGUUGUGCA